AAAGUGUUCUUGACAUUGAGUUUUCGCGCUUACCUUUUUUCAGCCUGAACCGCGGCAAUUACCGUAUAAAACUCUGCAAGGCCACACAACUACGCUACUCCUUUUCUAUAUUAGUGGCAUUUCAAGCCCUCAUUCAUCCACCAUGCCUUACCUAGAUAUUUCGUGACUUCAGCCGCCUCCUUUCCUGCACUUUGAUAUUCGUUUACAACCCCUUUCAACGUGACCAAAAUGAAUUUGAAAUCACUCUCAACCCUCGAGUUGCCACCUACGGGUGACUUCCAUUGUCAUCUCCGACAAGAGAAGAUGAUGGAACUGUGUACCCCGCUCAUAAAAAAAGGCGGAUGUGAUAUUGUUUAUGUCAUGCCAAAUCUUCAGCCACCCAUAACUCAAGUUUCUCAGGCUGUCUCUUACCAUGAGAAGCUGUCUCAAAUAGCUCCUGACGUGACGUUCUUGAUGUCUCUAUUCCUUCAUCCGGGCCUAGAUGCAGCCGCCAUCGCCGAGGCUGCUCGGUCGAAAGUCAUAUAUGGGGUCAAGCUCUAUCCAGCCGGAGUAACAACCAAUUCUCAUGACGGAGUGCUAGAUAUUGAGCAAUAUUACCCCGUCUUUAAGGCCAUGGAAGAGCACGGCUUGAUCCUCAAUUUGCAUGGUGAAAUGAUAAGCUCGCCUCCAGCUGAAUUUGCCAAAACAGAUGGAACAGCAGCGGUGACAGUGCUCAACGCCGAGCGCAUGUUCCUCCCUCAACUGCACAAGUUACAUUCGGCAUUUCCUAAAUUGCGCAUCAUUUUAGAACAUAUAAGCACUCGGGAAGGUUUAGCUGCGGUGCAGCAAUGUGGACCAACGGUGGCUGGCACCAUCACAGCCCACCAUCUGUGGUCGACUAUCGAUGAUGCUUGUGGAGACAUUUUCAGCUUCUGCAAGCCAGUUGCAAAGACGCCAGAGGAUCGUGUGGCCCUAGUAAGAGCUAUAGUAGAGGAUUCAGGGAAAUUCUUUUUCGGGAGCGACUCGGCACCACAUCCUAUUCAAUCAAAGAAAGGAGAGGGUCGUACAGCAGCAGGCUGCUUCACCCAGCCCUGGGCUACUGCUCUCGUAGUCGGUGCUUUAGAAGAAGGAAUCGAGCAAGGGUGGAUCAAGGAGGAAGAGGUUACCUAUAAAGCAAUCGAGAACUUCCUCUCCGUUUACGGACGGGCGUUCUACAAAACCCCUCGGUCAGCAGGAUCGGAAAAGGUCAAAAUUCGACUCGAAAGAAAAGGAGAGAUCAUACCAGAGGUGGUAAAGUCUCAAGAUGGGACUAUUGAGGUGGUUCCGUACGGGCGAGGGAAGAAGGUUUGGUCAACUACAUGGAUCGAAUGAAAUAAAGAAUCAGGGUAAAGGGAUAUAAUUCCUUUUUCAAACGGAGCUCCUAUCGUAACGUAGUGUGAUAGAAAUUCAGCUUCCGUGUGACCACGAGAUCCAUUUGCUAGUAAGAGGUCAGUUCAUUUGCAAAUUGGUUCAUUUCAGAGGGGACGUCUAGACUUGACACGGAAAUGAGCGCCAUAAUUAAGCAAUAAAUCUCGCU